GUGCCUGAUCAUAUGAACAAAAUUUACUCCAAAUACAAGAAAAAAGUACCCUUGGGUGAGCUUUCUUCUGCUCCUCCGUGCUCGCGUGUUCCCCAUCCUGUACAAUCCCCUUGUACAGCACGAAUCAGUCAAAUACAGUCAGAUCCAAGUCGGCGAGCACCAAGUCGAAGCGAGACAUGCGCGACUAGCGGCGGCGCGCCGGAGGGGGAUCGAGGAGGAGGAGGAGGAGGUGGGAGUCGGGCCGAUCGUGCUUGGCGCUCCCCGUCCCCUCCAGAUCCAGGAGCCGCGGCUGGGGGCGCAUCUCAGCGAUCGAUUCUAGGGUUUCAGUCGACCAAUCGACCUCCGGAUUCCGACCAUGGGGCCGCCGCCGCUCAAGCUCAACAUCGGCCGAGAUGGGGACAGAAUCAGCGCGCUCCACGACGACCUCCUCCUCGGGAUCCUCGAGCGUCUCGACCUGCGCGACGCGGUCCGCGCCGGCGCGCUCUCGGCGCGGUGGCGGCACCUCCCCUACCGGCUCUCGCGCCUGCACCUCAACGCCGGCCACUUCCACCGCGCCACGCUGCUCGAGGGCAUGGGCGCGUUCAAGGACGCGGCGUGCAGGCUGCUGUCCGUGUGUCCUCCUCCGGCCGCCGGCAAGAGCCCUCGUGUCAUCGAGACCCUCGCCCUCACCUUCUGCGUGUCGGCCCCUCACCUGAGCUUCAUCGGCCGCGCUGUUGAGGACGUCGUCAGCCGCGGCCACACCAAAUGCUUCCAGUUUGACAUAUGCUCCCGAUGCAAGGACGGCACUAGACGCACUACCCAGCUGCUCACAGAGUUAGGGAAGCAGUUCAUGUCAUUCUCCAGCGCCUACCCUGUCGCCUUCGGGUGGCUCACGUUUCUUACACUCGAGGACCUCGCAUUUGGGGAUUCCGAUGUCGCAGACCUCAUUCGUGGUUGUGAUAAGCUCAAGGACCUCAAGUUGAGAUCCUGCAGACUGGUUGACCGACACUCUGCGCUCAAGAUCGACACGCCGCAUGCCGGGCUUGAGAAUCUUUGGUUCAUCAGCUUUCGUUGCGCACUGAUCGAGCUUAUCUCCGUCCCUAAGCUCAGGAUAUUCUGGUGUUGGAGCCGCAAGAACCCUCCUGUGCGCUGCGGCUAUGUUCCUGAGCUUUACAAAGUAGAACUCGGUUCUCGGGCCAAGGCAUCGCAAGUGCCAUUUGCACUGAGCGAGUGCUUUUCAAGGAGUGCCACAAACCUGUCUAAACUGUAUCUCAAUUUUGGCUCUCAAAUGAUUUGGAUUAAGCCAGAACACCCGAAGGAGCUCACUUCUAUAUUCAACAACCUGACUAGUUUGGCGCUUUUUAAUAUCUUUUCUGAGUGUAACCUGAGCUGGACCUUGUUUAUCCUUGAAGUUGCACCUGCCCUGCAGAAAUUCAGAUUAUCUCGAACUCAACACCCAUGUGCCAAAGUGUCCGAGGACAAUCCCGAGAAGACUAAGAUCGUGUGGGAACCAUCCAAGGAUUUGAAGCACCUAAACCUGAAGUUAUUUAUAAUGUUUGGGUUCGAGGAUGAAGACAAGGUGACAAACUAUAUAAGGCUUGUCAUGGAACGUGCCGUGGGCUUGAAAAGAAUCGAGUUGCAUGGUAGAAGCCCAUGCAAUGGGUGCGAUGCCAUCGACCUUGAGUCCCUGAGAAGAUCCCAGGCGGAUGAAGCUAGCAGGCAUCGGAUUAAGGAGCAACUCAGACAUGGAUCUUCCUCGUCCGUGGAGAUAGUAAUCUGCUGAUGGAUAUGGUGAAGGAAUGAUAAAUUUCAUAAAGCUGCUCGAGCGAUGACUGUACGAGGUGCAGGCAGUCGUAAUUUUAAGUUCAGUUAUUGAUAGUCUGGAUGAAUGUUUUGUUUUUGUCCAAUUUACGGAGUAAUUACCCAUGUUUGUUCUCUGGCAUGAUUCAAAUUCUUGACUUCUUGAGGCGCUCUCUUUUGUGAAUGUGUCUUUGGCAACA